AUGGGGCUAAGAAUUGGUUCAAAAAGCUGCGCGCAUCAUAGAUCCACUCUUAACCCAUUUCGAAUUUCAAAUUUUCUUCUCCAAUUCGAAUUUACACAAACCCUACCCUCAUUUUCUAAUCGCAAUUGUUAUUGCUGGCACCGAAUCGGAGAUGAAAGUGAAGAUCUUGCAUGGCAUGGUGUUGCUUCUUGGACUUGGGAUGCUCAGGAUGAAACGUGUGGUAUCUGUAGAAUGGCCUUUGAUGGAUGUUGUCCUGACUGUAAACUUCCAGGGGACGACUGUCCGCUGAUUUGGGGUGUGUGCAAUCAUGCAUUUCAUUUGCACUGUAUCCUGAAAUGGGUGAACUCUCAGACAUCACAGGCGCAUUGCCCUAUGUGCCGUCGUGAAUGGCAGUUUAAAGGAUAA